UAUCAGGGCUCCAUAUCCAUUUGCGCCAAUAAAUUGGUUUUCGGCUUUCGAACGUUUGGCCCAUUGUUGCUGUUAACAUGUCAACCCCCGCAGAGUUACCCUCUGAACACUGCGAAGAAGAACAAGAAUCUCUGCCAUCAACUCACCACCCUUCUGCCCCUUCUCAUGAGCUGUUUGAUAUAUCAACAACUGUUGAUCCUAGUUAUGUAAUAUCUUUGAUACGAAAACUCCUACCAACAGAAGUGAAAGAUGAAGGCAUCUCUGGAGGACAAGAAACUGAAGAAUUGAAGACAGCUUCAGUCUCUGCAUCUGAAAAUGGAGAAGGGAUGUGGGCAAAUAAUGAAAAUGAAGCCGCAGACAUGGAUGAUAAUUUUGAUAAAGUGGACAAGUUUCAAGGAUUAGAUGUCAGGCUAUGCUGUGAGAGUACAAAGAAAGGGUCAUCAGCAGGAGAAGAAUCCUGGGAAGAGUAUGGUUGUAUUUUAUGGGAUCUUGCUGCGAGUAAAACUCAUGCUGAAUUCAUGGUUCAAAACCUUAUACUUGAAGUUCUGUUUUCCACUCUUGUGGUUUCAAAAUCUGCACGUAUUACAGAAAUUAGCCUUGGAAUCAUUGGGAACCUAGCAUGUCAUGAACUUUCUCGAAAGAAGAUAACUUCCACAAAUGGAUUGAUUGGGGCGGUUAUGGAGCAGUUAUUCCUAGAUGACACGCCAUGCCUUUGUGAAGCAUGCCGGGUAGUAACUUUAUGUCUUCAAGGUGACAAGAGUGUUCUUUGGGCAGAAGCCUUGCAGUCUGAGAAUAUAUUAUGCCGAAUCUUAUGGAUUAUGGAAAAUACUUUAAAUCCAAAUCUUCUUGAGAAGAGUGUAGGUCUACUCUUGGCAACAUUGCAAAGUAAGCAAGAAGUAGCUGUUAUCCUUCAACCACCAUUGAUGAAGUUGGGACUCCCAUGUCUUAUGGUUGAUCUCUUAUCUUUUGAGAUGGGAAAAUUAAGGGAGGAACGAUUACCUGAAAGGUACUCGGUUCUUGAUUUAAUUCUUCAGACAUUUGAGGCUCUUUCUGUCAUUGAUGAAUCUUCACAAGAAAUCUGUGCAAGUAAAAGACUUUUUCUACUACUUACUGACCUAAUCAAACUUCCUGAAAAAGUUGAGGUUGCUGAUUCUUGUGUUACUGCUGCUGUUUUGCUAGCAAAUAUUCUAACUGAUGCAGCUGAUCUAGCUUUAGAAAUAUUUCAAGACCUUUUGUUGUUACAGGGUCUAUUUAGUCUAUUCCCUUUUGCUUCUGCUGAUGCAGAAGCAAGAAGUGCACUUUGGAGCAUCAUUGCAAGAUUACUGAUUCAAGUUCAAGAAAUUGAGCUGAGUCCGUUGCAGCUACAUCAGUAUGUUUCAGUUAUCACAAGUGAAACAGAAGUGAUUGAGGAGGAACUUCUCGAUCACCAGUCAAAUGACUCCAACGAAGAAUGCGGGAGCUCUGCUACCCUUGCAAAAUUCGCUGCCAGAAAUGUAGCUCUGAAUGGAAUUGUACGGAUUUUAAGUCAAUGGAUGGACUUAGAGGAUAGAGUCAAGGAGUCUCUUCGUACAGGGGAAUACCAUGUGAACAAAGGAGAUGCUUAUAAAUUGCUGCACUGCUGUGGAAAAUAUAUCAAAUCUGAUGCAAGUGUCAACAAUCAUUAGAUCUCUGUAUAAACAUGUGCAUGCACGCUCUUGGGUACUC